CAGGCCCCGCCCCCAGCCCUGGCAUGGGAGGAGCCAGCGAGGCCCCACCCCCGUCCAGUCCCCGCCCCCGCGGGGCCCCAGCAGGGCUCAGCCCCAGCCGCAGACCUCCCCCCGGGGGCUGCUCCAGACCCCUGCCCUCCCCUGGUGGUGGCAGCCAGGCGGUGGCCAGGCAGGUCCUGACUGUUGGGGACCCCGAGUUCCACCCCACCAGUAGGCCACCCAGGGGACCCCAACCGCCCCUGAGGCCACCCAGGAAGUCACCUCCGGGUGAGGAGGAGGAGGAGGAGGAGGAAGAGGAGGAGGAGGAAGAGGAAGAGGAGGAGCUGGCAGCACCUGAGGGGACACUGAUGGAGCUUGGAGGGCCACCAAUGAUCCUUGGAGGGCUACCAGCAGCAUCUGCAGGACCAAGGUCACCUGGAGGACCACCAGCAGCAUUUGGAGGACCAAGGUCACCUGGAGGACCACCAAUGGCCUUUGGAGGGCCACCAGCAGCAUCUGCAGGACCAAGGACCCUUGGAGGGCCACCAGCAGCAUUUGGAGGACCAAGGACCCUUGGAGGGCCACCCAUGGCCCUUGGAGGGCCACCAAUGUCCUCUGCUGGUGGCCAGGAGCUGGCCCUGGAGGACUUGGAGGUCACUGAACUGGCCCUGGCCAGGCUCUUGGGGGCCACCUCAGGGCCACCGGCAGGGGGCAGCAGUGAGGAGGAGGAGGAUGAGGAUGAGGAAGCUGAUGGUGGCCUCCAUGGGGCCCUCAUGGUGCGGGGGACCUCCAUGGUGGCCUCUGUGGUGGUCCUGGUGGCCUUCACGGUGGAGAACUUCCUGGUGGUGGUCUCCAUGGCCUUGGGGACCUCCAUGGCCACCUCCACGGACCUCUUGGUGGCCCUCACGGCCUUGGGGACCUCCAUGGCCACCUCCAUGCUCCUCCUGGUGGCCCUCAUGGCCUUGGGAACCUCCGUGGGGACCUCCAAGGUGGUCCUUCAGGACCUUACUCCAGCUUGA